UUUAUUGGAAUUAAAGGAGGGAGAGUUAUCUAGUGAACUCUUUAAAGAGCUCAAAUCCCAUUUAAAGUCCAAUGACCAGGUAGUAGGUCGGUUCAACAUUUUGCGCACUUAUGGUAUGACUCGUGAUCCUGUAUCAAAAGCCUACAUGAUAGUGAUGACAUUAGCUGAUGAUGGUGAUUUAUCUGCAUACCUGAGAAAACAUUUCUUUAAACUCAAUUUUAUCAAGAGACUAGAUAUUCUUUAUGACAUGGCCACUGGUGUAUGUCAGAUUCAUAAGUCUGGACUUAUGCAUCGUGACUUACAUAGUGGAAAUGUGAUGUGUCAACGGCUAACGCGCAGAGAUCCAGAUCGUGCAGAGGAAUAUCGAUUCGUGAUUGGUGAUUUGGGCCAGGCGACUCCACCAAAAAAAGAUAGUGAUCAGGAGGUUUUCG